AUGAGUAAAAAUAGAAAAGAGGAUAAUACAAACGAUCAAAAAGAGCAAGAUAUGAAUAAAAUGGACAAAAUGUUUGAAAUGAAAUGUAUGAUGGUGGAAUUGGAAAGUCUAGACGAAAUAAAGGAGCGCAUUCUAUGCGUUGAGAAAGAUGUAAAACAGAUGAAAGAUUCGAUUGAAUUCGUUCACGACGAAGUUAACGAUCUGAAAGAUGAAGUCGAGAAAACGAAGCGGUCUGAUGAGGAAAAUAGAAGGAAAAUCCGCGAGCACGUUAGAAGAUACAAACCGUCGGCUACAAGAAAGCGUUGUCGACCUUAA